UGUCUGUGAGAGUGACGUAUGAACAGCCGAAACGAAAACGAAAGAAAAGCCUCUUGUGCCGUUGUUAUCUUCUAUCAUUUCUGAAGAAUGGAGACAAACGGCCAGGCUAAUGGGGUUAAAUCUAAAAAGAAAGAGAACGGCGAUGGGAAAGAUAACUUGUGGUCAGCUAUAUUAGAGGAAGUUCAGAACCAAGGUAACACGAAGCUGCCCUCCAACAAGAAUGUGCUAGUUCUGGGCGACAAUGAGACUGGUAAAACCACACUCAUAGCUAAAUUACAAGGAGUAGAGGAUCCCAAGAAGGGAUCAGCUCUCGAAUAUGCUUAUAUAGAUGUUAGAGAUGAAUACCGUGAUGACCACACACGGCUCAGUGUAUGGGUACUCGAUGGGGAUCCAGGACAUACGAAUCUCCUCAAAUUCGCCUUGAAUGAGGAGACAUUCCCACACACACUGGUCCUAUUAACAGUGGCCAUGACAACACCAUGGGGUGUCCUCGACCAACUACAAAGCUGGGCAUCAGUACUCGGUGAUCAUAUAGACAAAUUGGAUCUCACACCUGAACAAAGUUUACAAAGUAAAAAACAGCAAGUUCAAAAGUGGCAGAGGUAUACGGAACCGGGCGACGAACUCGAACCGACCGCUUCGUCGCCCAUGAAACGUUCGUCGCGUAAUCUCUCCGACGAAUUGGAGAGUGACGAUGAAGACAACCCGCUGCCGGAGGCCGUGCUCACCACCAACCUCGGACUGGACAUCGUCGUUGUUGCUACAAAGACUGACUACAUGACGACUCUGGAGAAGGAACACGAUUACCGCGACGAGCACUUCGACUUCAUGCAGCAGUGGAUCCGAAGGUUCUGCCUGCGGUACGGCGCCGCGCUGUUCUACACGAGCGCCAAGGAGGACAAGAACUGCGAUCUGCUCUACAAGUACCUCACGCACCGGAUAUACGGCCUGCCCUUCCGGACGCCCGCGCUCAUCGUCGAGAAGGACGCCGUCUUGAUACCUGCUGGAUGGGAUAGUAUGAAAAAAAUUAGUAUAUUGUAUGAAAAUAUGCAAACUUGUAAGCCGGACGAUUACUACAGAGACGUUAUCGUGCAGCCGGCCACGAGGAAGAGCGGCGGCCACCGAGAGGCGGAGGUGUCCGCGGAGGACGAGCAGGCGUUCCUGCAGCGGCAGCUGGCGGCGCUGCAGGCCGGCGCGCCCGCGCCGCGCGCCGACUCGCCGCUGCGGACCGCGCAGCGCACCACGGCGCAGCUGGACGGCGCGAAGAUCGGCAUGGGCCCCGGCACGCCGGGCAACGAGGGCGUGCUGGCCAACUUCUUCAACUCGCUGCUGUACAAGAAGACGGGCUCGCCCGGCGCGCGCGCGCCCGACGCGUCGCCCGCCGCCGCCGCCGCGCGCUCCGACGCCGCCGCCGAGCUCGACCGCCUCACGCGCGCCAAGCGCGCGCCUCCGCCGCUCGACCUCAACUCGUCCGACUGCUAGCGCGCAGGUACACUAGUUUAGCGGGCGUCCCCCGACGCUUGCGCACCGCGGCUCCGACCCCCUAUAUCAUAACACACGCUGGCUUGUACGCGCCGCCCCGACGGCGACGGACCCCGUAUUAUUUAUUCCGAGUGAUACUUCGCUUUCGGUUCGCGGAACCUUCGAGAUUCUCCCCUUCGUGACGUCACUCACGACAGCGGGAUCGUGAUCGGUCGGUUCGACUCGGGACCGACGUUUUUUAUAGAUAUUCCAGCAUUGUCAAAUGUUUACGGUAAGGCUAACGGCAGUGUGAUGUACUUUAUAAAGGUAUAAUGUAUUGUAUGUUAAGGUAACGUUUACGAGGCAUUUUUAUACGUGCAAAGGAAAAAAAAACUCAGAGCAAAGAGUACUGUAGAAAUGUCGUAGUUUAAUUUCAUUAACUUUCAGGCAUAAAAACAAGAAAGACUAAAUAAAGCUUUAUCACGGUAUGCAAAACUAAUGACAGAAAAAUAUUGCUCAUCACUUGAACCCAUUUUCAGUUUACUCUUUAUUCUGUGGUCGUUUCAUUGACAAUACCGGCAGCCCUCGAAAGGUAAAAAUGCCUCAACAACGAAUAGAAACGAUUUAUAAUACAUUUCCAUAUGCUACAGUGAAUGAAACGAAAGUUAUAAUAAUUUCCUAUUCAGUAAUUUUUUACAUGUAAUUUGUUCUAUGAUAUUAAGUAUUUAUUUAGCUUAUGUUUGAACUCUGAUAUGAAUAAAGGAAAUCGCCCGCGUCAAUUGUCGGAUGACACCUCCGAUAGAGGCCGCGGCGGUUCGUUAUUGUCAUAAGUUGGUAUAUGUCAGCAAUCGUUUUGAGAUUAUCGAGCGUUUUAUAUAGAAUCAAAUAGCAUGCAAUUAUUUUAAAAAUGAAAUAUUUAUAUCGAUGAUAUUUCGAUUCUAUAUAAAGAACUCAUAUCAAUUUGUGAUCUUCUAUGAAGACUGGAAGUCAUAGGAGAGUAUGUUAUGCACAAUAAAGUCGAUAUUUGUACAAAUCAUCCGUGAGUAGUGGCAAUAAUGACAGGAAACUUCAUUGUUCUGCAAUGGAAUAUCGCUCAUAUUAACAAAAUGUUUGGAAUCAAAUUGCCGUGACAGAUUUUGAAGUUCAAUUAUUAUCGCAUACUACAUGAUUUUACCUGCUAACUAAAUAGAACAAACGUCUUAAUCAUGCAAAUUUUGUACCUUAAUCUAAUUACAGGCAAUCAAAAUUUCUUCAAAACUUAGGGAUAACGGUUUUUAUAUGUAUGCAUUCUGCAUUUUUUUUUUUAAUUUAAAACUGAUAUACAUAUGUAGUGUAGCAGGUAAAACGCAGAUCAGUGUGUAUUUAUUAUUUUUCUCAUAAUUUCAUUUUCAAAAUGUUUUAACAUUCAUUUAACACAGCGCUGGAUUCUGUACACUUGCGUGCAACACAAAUUCAUAGGCGAUAUAACAAAAAAAACUAUAGGUACUUAUUGCGAACAUAGUGAAUACGUUUAUAUUUAAUGUGACUGAAAAAAAAAAUUUGGCUUAUGAUUUAUUUCUGUUGCAUUUGAGUGGAACGAACUCUAUCAUUGAAUUGUAAUAGUGACCUUUCUGUGUCUUUUUGUAAUGAAAUUUAUUUGUUUAAAAUAAAUCAACAAACUCGGUGUAAUCGACUCGUGAGGUUUUUGUAAUAUUAUUUAUAUGAAGCCUGUAAUUUGUUUUUUUUUUUUUUUAAUAUUGGAGUAUGUUCACGUUUGGUGCAAUACAGAACAUUCCAAACCUGGUUUGGUGCUUAUUAUUAUAGUAAAAUUAUCGAAUAACA